CCAGUAUCUUCCUGGGCAAGAGAAGAGUUCAUAACGAGGUGCGGUGGAGGUUGUGGUGGUGGAGUAUUAGUAUCAAUUAUCAGAUAUGAGUAUUAUUCCUCGCUCCAGUGAAGUCACCCGAAAGACAAAUGAAACUGAUAUUAACCUUUCUUUGAACUUGGAUUCCAAAUUCGAUCAACAAAUUGAAAUCAAUACUGGUAUCGGUUUUCUGGAUCAUAUGUAUCAUGCUCUUGCUAAACAUGGUGGUUGGUCUUUGACUCUUCAUUGUAAAGGUGACUUGCAUAUUGAUGAUCAUCACACAGCUGAAGAUACUGCUAUUGCAUUGGGUAUGGCCUUCAAGAAAGCAUUAGGAACACCUAAAGGUAUUAAACGAUUCGGUUCAGCUUUUUGUCCUUUGGAUGAGGCUCUUGCACGUGCUGUUGUUGAUAUUUCUGGUCGUCCUUUUGCAGAUAUCAAUCUUGAUUUGAAACGGGAAAUGAUUGGUACUUUGUCCACUGAAAUGAUUCCUCAUGUAUUGACUUCUUUUGCUUUUGGUGCUGGUAUUACCUUGCAUGUCGAUGUAUUAAAGGGGUCCAAUGAUCAUCAUAAAUCUGAAUCUGCUUUCAAGGCUUUGGCUGUCGCUAUUCGUCAAGCUGUGGAACUUACUGGUACUAAUGAUGUACCAAGUACAAAGGGUGUAUUGUAGAUCUCUUUUUUUUUUAUAUACAACAUAUAGAUGCAUACUUUUUUUUUAUCCAUAGUUUAGUUAUUUCUUCAAUAAAACUUCAUCAUAUAUAUUGAUUUGGAUGAUGCAUAGUAGUGAUGAUGAUUUGAUAUUGAAUAUAAUUAAAAAAUAGUCAAAUAUAUAUUAGUAGAUCAACAAAUGAUAAAUAAACCAAAGUAAAAA